AUGUCAACCACAACAACUUCGGAUGGAGAUAGAGCUAAGAACUCCUCUGGAGGAAUAAGCCGUGCAAAGAACCUACCUGAUUGCUUCAAUGGGUUUGCAAGUCAUCUUGAGUUUAGUGUUGGCAUUGCUAGAUGCAUAUUCUUUGGUGAAAAAGAAGGUCCUCCACAACCCUGUAUUGUGGCAGAUUCACCAUGGGGUCAAUGGGGUCAGACGACCCCAUGGCAGCCCUGGAAAUGGCUUGGAGGUUUUUGGUUUCUCUUGGCAGCCAUGGGAGACGACCCCAUGGAGAAGAAGAUGCAAGCUGCUAGGGAGAAGAAAUAG